CAAUGACAACAAGGGGCGUCUAAUUCCGCCAUAUUGAACUACCAAGCAGAGAGGAGGGUAAACUCCAACUCCAAUCCAGUGGUUAUCCGUGGAAUCCUUGGUCCGAAUCUCAAAUAAUUGGGCUAUAUGACCAUUUAGACAGUUAUUUACGUGUGCCGUGGAGCGAUUUUAUCAGACAGUCCUCGGAAAAAUCGUAAAUAACUUGUUGAGUCGGACCCUUCCGCUCUUUCCGGAAGUCGAAGAAUGGGGACUAAGGACGAUGAAUAUGAUUACUUAUUUAAAGUGGUCCUGAUUGGAGACAGUGGUGUGGGUAAAAGUAAUCUCCUGUCCAGAUUCACCAGAAACGAAUUCAACUUAGAAAGUAAAAGUACAAUUGGUGUUGAGUUUGCCACGAGGAGUAUACAAGUGGACGGUAAAACAAUCAAGGCACAGAUCUGGGACACAGCAGGUCAGGAGAGAUACCGGGCAAUUACCAGUGCGUACUACAGAGGAGCCGUUGGGGCCUUACUAGUGUACGACAUCGCGAAACACCUAACGUACGAAAACGUAGAGAGAUGGUUAAAAGAACUCCGAGAUCACGCGGACAACAACAUUGUUAUAAUGCUCGUCGGCAACAAAAGUGAUUUAAGGCAUCUACGAGCCGUGCCCACAGACGAAGCUAAGGCUUUUGCAGAAAAGAACAAUCUGUCUUUCAUUGAAACAUCAGCCCUCGAUUCCACCAAUGUAGAAACAGCAUUUCAGAACAUUUUAACAGAAAUUUACAAAAUAGUUUCUCAGAAGCAGAUUCGGGACAGUCCGGACGAUGAUAACUCCCCCAGUAACAAUGUUCAGACUAUACACGUGGCCCCCACAGAUAACGCCGCCCCGCGACAACAGAAGUGCUGCAGCGUCUGAAGGGGAGACAACCAUCAGCUAAAACAGGGGAGAUAACUGAACAAGAGCAAACACAGCAAGGGAAGAUAACUCAUUUCAGCAUCAGCAUUGUUGCCGUCACACAAGGAAAAAAAAACCAAAAUAUAUAGUUAUUUGAAGAAAAACUUACAAAAAAAAAAUCGGUUACAUAUCACGAGAGAUAAAGCUGGAAGGAAUUUUGAUUUUCCUUUUCUUUCCCCCUGCUAUCUUUUAUUUUGGGGGAGUAAGUUGUUCUUUGUUAUCGUCAUGCUUUUCUAAAUUGCGUUAAACAUGUGUAUGUUUAUAUGGAUUACUCUUUCUGUUCUUUUUUGUUUUUUCAUACCAAAUAACAUUUCUCUGAUUGAUCAAUGUCGAAUCUGCAUUAUCUUUGUUGAAAGUCGCUGUGAAAUAACCGGAUUACACUAAAACAUGCUUGCGAAUUUUUCUAUGUGUAUUUGAUGUGCAUGUGUAAAUGAGAAUUUUUUUUUUUUUAAAUGUGGCUGGGCUGCUCUAAGGAUGUAAAUAUAUUUCUAUGUGUCGUAAAUAACAGUCUAAUUCCAACUUGUGGUUUGAUCAAAUCCAAUGGUAUUGCAGAAUUGAAUACAUAUGCUCAGAAUUAUUGUUUGUUUGAUGAAAUUGUAAUUUUGUAUGAAAUUCCCUCUCUCUCAAAAUAAUUAUGUUUGUGCUCCCACUUCAUUUUA